UACAGAGGACAAGAAAAGGUCCCAUAGUGCACUUGUGAGUCUCAGUCCGGAUAGCAGGGUCUCCCAGCCUCAAUUUGCAAAGGUUCAGUGGAAGAACAUGGACCUUCGACUUGUGUCACUCCUGCUGAUCACCCUUGGUGGCCAGGCGCUCUCUGAGCUGGAUACAACAUUGUUUCCCACAACUGUCCUGCCCUCUGAUACGGCUGUUACCAGUAGUGACCCUGACUACUCCUACAAACCCACCACAGAGCGCAAUACCACUCUCCAGCCAGAAGAGGAAGAAGAAGACUCCUCAGAGGAGCUGGUUGAGGGGGGCUGCGCAGCGUACAUCUCCAGCGACAAAGCCAAACAGGCUCUAGGGGAUGCUGUCAUGAAGUUUGGCUUGCAGCUGCUGAAGAACCUGAAAAAGGACCCUGAUGAGCCCAAUGUGAUCGUGUCUCCGCUCAGUGUCUCCUUGGCUCUUUCCCAACUGGCUUUGGGGGCAGAGGAUGCGACAGAGAGCCAACUGCUGAAAGCGCUGCAUGCAGAUGGGCUGCCAUGCUACCGUAAAGCCCUGCGCGGUCUUCUUCACCAUCUGAGGAGCCAUGCCCUUCAAGUGGUCUCCCGCAUGUACCUGAAGCCAGGAUUUGAGGUGAAAAAGGCCUUUGUGGAGGAGUCACAGCGCCUCUACAAGUCAUAUCCUGCCACCCUCACUGGCCUUGAGGAGAUCAACGAGUGGGUGAAGGAGGCCACAAAGGGUCAGGUGACUGACUUCUUGUCUAGCCUACCGCCCAACCUGGUCCUCUUGCUCAUUAAUGCCGUGCACUUUAAAGGAGAGUGGGAAGCCCGCUUUGAUCCACACUUUACCUCCACUGAGUUGUUUCAUGUAGAUGCUAAGCACAUGGUCAAGGUGGACAUGAUGCAUGGCCCAAAAUAUCCUCUGAGUCAAAUGAUGCACAACGAGCUUGAUGCGCAGGUGGCCCGCUUUCCCUUCUUAGGUCACAUGAGUCUCCUGAUCGUGAUGCCAUUAUUCGGCGAGGUGAAUAUUGCAGAAAUCGCAGCCAAACUCAACAUCUCUGAUCUGUAUGCCCACCUCCCUGAAAAAAGGAACAUGCAGGUGCAGUUGCCACGGUUCAAGCUGCAGUAUAGCCAGGAGCUACAGCAGGCUUUGACCAGCAUGGGGCUGGGGGAAUUGUUCUCAGGACCCAACUUGCCACGCAUUGCUGAUGGAGUCCUGCUGGUGAGCAGCGUGCAGCACAAAUCCAGCAUGGAGCUCAACGAGGAGGGUGCCGAGGCUGCGGCCGCCACCAGCGUCGCCAUCCUGCGCUCCAGCUCCUCCUUUUGUGUGAACCAGCCCUUCUUCUUUGCUCUGCUGGAUGACAUUACACAAGCCCCCAUCUUCCUUGGGGUCAUCACAAACCCCAAUCCUGGGGCACCACUUGUGCAACGUAGUCCAGAGCGGGGAGAUUCCAACAAGGGUGACAAAAAUGGACUUUAUGAGAAGAGACCCCCUAAAUGAGCUGGGUUGUGUCAGCUGUGAGGAGGAGGAGUCCACAUCUGAACUGGAACUGAAAUGGUGGCAGUGAGGGAUAAGGGGGACAUAUAAACCAAACAUUGCCUUGUAUUCAUUUUAUACCAGAGACACAUACUAUCACAUUUUACACACUACUGCAUUUAUCUGACAGCAACAAUCAAGCACUCGCACACACGCAGACACACACACACACACACACACACAAAUACACACACCAUUUUCAACUACUUCUUCAAAUGGGUGUGACACCUCAAAUCAUAUCACUUUUCAGAAAUUCAUGGGAGUUUUCCUCUUUGUUUUGGUCAUUGAUAAACAUGAGACUAUAGUGAGCUACCUAUUUUCUCCUUAGUUUCUGCUUU